GACCUCUUUCUCCCUACGCUAAGCUAUUUAUAGCGCUGUCACCCCUCCAAAAGUUUUCAUCAAAUCUCAAACAUUAUUAACAGAAGGUUUUGAAGAAAGUAGUAUAACAGACAAUACCCACUUCGAUUUAGAACUUCUUUCCUGUAAACCUGUUUACAGUAGAAUUUCAAGAAAGUAGCCAUGCCGAUCGUAGAAAUGGAAGUGCACAUGGACUGCAGCGAAUGUGAAAGGAAGAUACGCAGGGCAUUGUCAAACAUUGAAGGGGUGCAUUCAGUGGGCAUAGAUAUUGAGAAACAGAAAGUAAGUGUGAGUGGGUAUGUGGAUGAAAUGACUGUUUUGGAAGCAGUGAGGAAUGCCACUGGUAAAAGAGCAGAGUUGUGGGCUUAUCCAUACAGCAGUGAAUACAAUCCAAGUUAUGCUACUCGUUAUUUUCAGCAGAGCAGCACUUGUUCUUCCACAUGUAACUAUGGGCAGAAUAAUGGGACUGUGCAAGACUGCUAUGAAUCAGGAACACCUUCUUCUUUUUCUUCUCCCUCCACUGUGAUAAUGGAUGACAAAGCAACCACCUUGUUCAGUGAUGAAAAUCCUCAUGCCUGUAGUGUUAUGUAAAUCUCUUGCAACUUAUUGAGAACAACAUAUGAGAAAUUGCUACAAACCAUUAAGCAAAAAGACCUGGUUCAGGGAAGGCUGAUGAAUAUGCUUUGAACUAAAGCAUAUUAGGCUUUCAAUUAGAACUUCACCAACUCAAAAUAAAACAAUCUCUGUGAAGUAAAUUGUGGAUAUAUGUAACAUCUAUAAUUUAAUUUCAUUUUUCAAUGAUCUACCUAUAUGAUUAUAUAUUCUGAUCAAAGGUAAUAUAUUCUGAUCAAAGGUUCUUCCCCUACAGCUUUAGCUUUAAGAGUAUCUACAGUUGUAAAGCCUGUUUUGACUUAAGCUAGGAAAGAUGCAAGGGCAACCUUAGUCAAUGGCUAUUUUCUGCUACAAAGGCAUUCAAGUAGAACAUUGAAUAUAAACAAUAGAUUGUCUCAUUGAUUAUAGAAGACAGUAUAAUGGGUAAUGUAAUUUGAAACGAAAUUUUAUGUUA